UCCCGAUUCCCCACACAGUCAGAAGAGUGUCGCUACACCAUUCGAUUCGUCGCAGCGUCCUCGAAUUUCAUUUUAAUUGGCAUUUUUUUUCUCACAGAAAUUAGUGGUCAGUUAUUUUCCAGCAGUUUCGAGGAGCUUUCUACUGUGUUUUUGAAUAAUUUGGCGGUUGUUCGGACGUUUUGGAAGUGAAUGGGGGAGUGGAGGGACCUCCUCGUGGGGUGCUCGCUGAAGGGAGGAUUUUCGUCGUAGGACAGAUAAUCGAGAAAGGAUCGGAGAAGCGAAAUAUGUCUCGUGGCCGCAUGAGUCGCAGCGCUAACCGGUUGCAAGAUCUUAAAAUAGUUUCUCCGGCGUAGGUAACUGGGAAUAUAACGUGAGGAAACCUCAAGUUGGAUUUUAACGAGGGUAUUCAAUAGCUUCAGGACACGAUGACGUGGUGCCGAGUGCUGAUUCUAGUGGGAAUCACGGCGGUUCUCAUUCUUUCAACAACAAGGUUUACCUAUGCCUGUAAUGAAGCCAUUUGCGCCAGUGUCGUGAGCAAGUGCAUGCUUACUCAAAGCUGUAAAUGCGAUCUUGUCACGUGCACGUGUUGCAAGGAGUGUUUCUCGUGUUUGUCUUAUCUGUACGAUGAGUGCUGCUCCUGUGUUGAUUUAUGUCCGAAGCCUAAUAUAACGGACAAUCCACUGAGUAAGAAAUCCCACGUUGAGGACUUCAGUGAACCCGUCCCUGGGCUUUUUCAGGCACUCACAGCGGAGCCCGAUUCGCACGAGAGAUGGAUAACAUUCUCGUAUCCCGUGGAUUUCGAUGUUUCGAUGUAUCAACCGAAGCAUGAGAAAGAGAUUAAAUAUCACAUGCAAACCGUGGAGGAGGAGGUGCAUCACCCUCUAAAACCAAAUAUAAUGACAGUAAACUGCACAGUGGCCUAUAUGGCUCAAUGUAACUCAUGGAAUAAGUGUCGUGCCUCAUGCCAGAGCAUGGGGGCAACGAGUUACAGGUGGUUUCACGAUGGCUGUUGUGAGUGCAUCGGUGACACGUGUAUAAACUACGGAAUCAAUGAAUCGAGAUGCAUUCACUGUCCAGCUGACAAGGAGGAGGAUGAGUUGAAAGAGCCGUACGACGACUAUGGCCAGGACGAGGACGAGCUUGUCGAUGAUGAUCUCGACUAAUUAAUUUUCGAAUACCGUAGAGGCUGAGGGGGAGGAGGGGGGAAAAUUUAUUAUCAAGGACCUGCAGUUUUUAUCAAUCCGGUGACAAUUACUCUUGCAAUUUCGUGCAGUUUUUAUUCUCUAAUUUUAUUAUUAGAUUCUAGUUUUAAAUACGAAAGUUUUGUUCGUACGAUGUUAAUAUUUAAAAGUAAGGAAUGUGGUGAAUUUAGAUUGGGCAGCUCAACCCUUUGGAAGGGUUGAUGGUUUUUCAACGUGAAACGAUGGAGAUCGGUGGAAUAACUCGUCUGCGAGUGGCUCAAAGUCACUUGGUUUUUGUAUAUGAUGAUUGAUUUGACAGUAAAGGAUCAUUGGGCAGAGAUAAUUGAAGGAUGAAUGAUUCCGUUAUUUUUUACUCGUCAAUCGAUUUUUAGACCGUAUGAUUAAGUUUUUUCUCAUCUUUAUUGUAAUUAUUUAUCGUGAUGCUCAUUCUGAGGGUACUAGUGCCAUAAAAAUACAAAAGAAAAAUUUGUACAUAUGAGGUUAAACGUGUGCAUCACGAGUACGUUGAUUCAAGAUAUAUAAAAGAUAAUUUUAUAUAAUAUAAAGUAAUAAAAAAGAGAUGGACAUUCUCUGCGUAUCGCCAA